AUGAGCGUCGUCGCAGCCAAGCAACAACAAAAGACCUACACACUGGUGGACAAGAAGCCCUUCUUUAAACACUUUUACCCUAAGGAUGUAGCCAUUCUGGCCGUACGGUCUGCAGCCAUGCAGGGUCUAAUGGUUUUCAACGCAUAUAUGGCUUCGCUGGAUCUGGAGUUCUCAGACGAGGAAGAUUCGAGUGAAGAUGAAUUCGAAGACAUUGACGCUGAUGGUGAGGAAAAAGAAGAGUUUGUGCCCCCUUCCAUGGAGGAGUUCAGCCUUACAAGUGCCAAGUCAUUCGGCAAAUCGCUGAGUAUCACGACGUAUGUGCGCUCUCUCGAGGAGGUUGCAUUGCGUUACUUUCGUCCACGAAUCACCAGCAAACUCAUUAAAGACAUCAGCAAGUCAUCGAUGCGUAAGUAUGCACGCACGUCGAGCAAGAUCACGUCGGCGGCACUGAUGGUCAAAACCGGUAUGCGGGCCAACAUAUUGAGCCAUCUUGCCAUUUUCUUGGUUGAAGAGACCCAGCAACUCGUCAUCAUUCUCUACCGACACUUUGUGUCAAAGAAAAGGGGCAAAGAGCCCAAAAAGAAUCUGCGCUCGAUCGAAGAGGGCAUACAAAGCAUUGAUAGUGACAAUGAAGAGGACACGAUGUUAGCUUUCGUGUCCGCCACGGGCCGUAAUGCCUCUCGCUCUGCGCUGGCCGUCAUCACGGGAGGUAUCGGUGCAGCCAUGGGCACGGCGGUGCGUCCAGGUAUCGGCACAAUGAUUGGCGGUACACUAGGCGACUCUGUCGCGUACGUGUUGUUUUAG